CUUUUAGUUUCACAAACAAAUGUAAUCCAUUUUUAAUAAUACAUGUAAGUUAGAUGAAAAACACUUUAGUUAGGUUUUAAUUUUCCAUGAUAAAAAAAUCACCAUGCAUUUCAAAUACACAUUUCCAUAGCCAUACUACCAAUAACAUAGAUGAUUGCCAAGAGGACAGUGUGUAAUGUUUUCCGGAAAGUUCAAAUAUUUAAUCAAGGCUCAGUUUUCUAGAGUUUUGCUAAAUAUUUGUCCUGUUCUGUUCAGUGCACUGGCUGGCGGUAGACUCUCCCUCUAUCUGUUCUCUCUCUCUCUCAGGAGGUGACUGAGAGGUUAACACCAAGCACGCAGCUCUGUCAUGAAGGAACUAGAGCGGAGGCAGGCUGCACACUCUCUCCGCAGGUCUGAAACGUGGCUUACCCCAGUCAACUUUCUCUCAAGUCGUCGGGGCAAAGAGGAAGGAAUAGGAUAAACGACUGGAGUGGUUCUCCUCCUCCCACGCCAAACUGAAUGAAGGGGCUCUUUCCGACUCGGAAAAGCAGGAGACACACUCAUGUAGCCUGGGCAUUGAUUUAAUAUACCGUCCCGUCCGCGACUUCGUUGUUGUUUUUGACGGAUACUAAUGUGUCGGGAAUGCCACCAUGGCCACGCCGAACAGCCUUCAGCAGCAGCAGGAUUACUUCAGAAGCCUCAGCAGCGAAUCCACCACGUAUAUGAUGGUCCCGGCCGCGGCAGCUGCUGCAAACACGCGUCGCGAUGCCGCGCCGUCCAAGAUGUGGGUCUCUAUGGUGGUGAUUGUGGUGAUCGUUCUACAGAUUGCCUCGACCACUGGACUGUUCGUGUACCUGAAUAUGUCAAUAUCACAGGUGCGUAGCCAGGGUGUAACAGAGGAGCUGAAGUGUCUCAGUCUGUUAAAUGCUCUGGAUAAAGACCAGGACAUCCCAGAGAACCUGGCUCAGCUGUUUGGAGAGCCUUGCAUCAAACUGGCAGAGGGCAUCAAGGCCUACAUCUCUAAGGUGACAGAGAACAUAAUCUCAAAGCAGACGUUUCAAGAAGCAAGAACGUUACCUCGCACCUUCAACACUUCGGGGUCAAAGUUCGCUACCUCUCUGCCCCAGCGGCCGUCGGCCCACCUGACCCUCAGAGACAGCAGCACUCAAGGGUCUCCCUCGUAUCCCACCCCCCAGCCCGACCUCCACCAAUCAUGUCGCCACCCAGUCCGCUCCUGGACCAAUCAGAGCUUCGGAGCCCACCUUCACAACAUGACCUUAGCCAAUGGGAGGCUGCGUGUGCCCCAGGAUGGGCGUUACUACAUGUACUCUCAGGUCUACUUCCGCUACCCAUCCCCCAGUGAAGGGGACCAGCCAACAGCCAGUCACCAGCUGGUCCAGUGUGUCUACAAGAAGACGUCCUACCUGCGGCCCAUCCAGCUGUUGAAGGGCGUAGGCACUAAGUGUUGGGCCCCAGACGCAGAGUACGCCCUCCACUCUGUCUACCAGGGGGGGCUGUUUGAGCUGAGGGCCGGGGAUGAGCUCUUCGUCUCUGUCUCAUCCCCCACCAUGGUCCAUGCUGAGGAGUCAUCAAGUUAUUUUGGGGCGUUCCGUUUGGAUCUGUAAAGAUGGAUGGAGGGGAGAGAGAGGGGAGACCACUGCCAGAAGAGGGUAUGGGGUGGGAUGAAUAGGAGAGGGUGAGGAACGGAGGACAGGGUCAUGACACUGCCAGAGUGAGGAGUGAGGGGGUGGAAGGAGGGAUGAGGGAUUAGAGGAAGAAAGGAGAGGAGGAGAGAAGAGUGAGACCCCAAGGACUUACUCCCCCAUUCUUUCCAAAGUGAAUUCUAAAUAGAUCUGAGUUAUGAGCCUGAAAACAUUGGAUGGACACGGAGGAUCAAAAGACAGAAGAAUGUAUUGAUUUAUAAUUCACAUCAUAUAAUGUGGAACUAUGGAACAGAACGCUAACAGAAAAAAAGGACAAAGAAAUGUAUGUGAUGAUGUGAUAGCCAAGACUGGUGCAGUAUGCUUGCUGUAUCUGUGCCAUUUAUACAUACUGACUGUAUAGAAAGAAAGGAGUUGAGUACAGAACUAGAAUGAGUUAUAUUCUAAUCAUUCUAUUUCUGUGAAGUUGACUGUCUGUUCCAAGGGUUCUAACUGGACAUACGGCCGUUUGGGGAAAUUAGAAAAAUAACUUGUAUUUUGUAUCUGUGUUGUAUACAAGACCAUUUAGAGAAAGAAGAGUGGAGGACUUUUGCUCACUGCAUUGUUGAGGACUUAUAACGUUGGAUGUAAGAGGACUGUUUCGUUGUUGUUAGAGAGAGAGAGAGAGAGAGACUGCCCUACCAGCCUCUUAAGGAAACGUUCUCUCUCUUUAUGUCUCUCACUCUCUGAGUGACACACACACACUGUCCAACCUAUUUAAGCCCAUGCCAGUCAGCAACAAUCGGCAGAAAGUAAACACACAUUAAUCUAAACACAAACCAUACACAGCACAGCUCCCCACCCUACAGACACACUUCACUUCUCUCUCUGAGACACACACACAACGCCUCCCUUUGUCGUCUGGUAAUUGUCAGUGCACAAGCGGAGGCUGUGUGUGUGUCUGUGUCUCCAGUGUUCAUUGGCUCCUUGGUUGGCUCGGAGGAAAGGUUAAACAAACAUACAGCAGGGCUUGUUUGGGGGCACGCCUGCCAGCUUUAUACUCUUUGUUUUAAAGAGAAACAUGCAACACACACAAACACUUUCUCUCUCUCAAAGAGGAACACGCAACACAUGCACAGACACACAAGAGGGACUCCGCAGAACAUGCAACCCACACGCUCACGCUCACAAACUUUCUCUCUCUCUCUUACACAUACACACACACACAACACACACACACACAAAGCUGGGUGACAUAAAAUGUAAUCUCUGCUGCUGAGAAUCUGUGGUGGGUUGUAUCUGUGUAUGUAGUGUAUGUACAGAUGUAGGAUCUUAAUUUGAUCCAGUUCGCUACAGCAGGAAAAUAAUCCUGC